CGCGUGAUCGUGCUUCCUCGUCCAUGCAGCCGGCGGCCAUAUUUAAGGGCGCAGCAUCAGCGGGGGCGGGCUGCAUUCCACCAGCAGCUCCCCCCGUAAGUGCUCGUCGGAUCACCGCCCUGCCAUGGUCAACUUCACCAUCCUCGCCGGAGGCUACACGACCUUCGUCGCGUCCUACCUGUUCAACUCGGACACGAACGCGCUCUCGCUGCUGAACCAGUCGCCGACGGGUGCGAACCCCUCGUGGAUCGCGCACCACCCGACGAACAAGAGCAUUCUUUAUGCUGUGAAUGAGAACCCGUCCGGCGGCCUGCAGUCGUUCCUCAUCGGAAAGGACGGCCUCCUCUCGAGCCCGAUAGACUCCAUCAGCUCGGGAGGUGAUAGCCCUGCAUUCACCACCCCUCUGUCGACUGGGCAGGUGGCCAUCAUGAACUACAACUCUGGGAACGGGUUCGUCGUACCCACGGAGAAGGGCAACGCCCUGGAAUUUACGUCCGACCACCCGCUGAUCACUUUCAACGCGCCGGUUUCCCACCCGCACAUGGCGCUGGAGCACGGCUCCGAGGUGUUCGUGCCGGACUUGGGCGCGGACAAAAUCUGGCGUCUCGUCCAGAACGGCGCCCCCGGUAACUUCAAGAUCCAGGGCCAAAUUGACCAGCCCAAGGGCAGCGGCCCGCGGCACAUCGCUACCCGGGGCAACACGCUCUUUGCGUUGCACGAGCUCUCAAGCACGCUCACGCAGCAGCUGAUCCCGCCCGCGCCAAACGGCACCACGCCGCUCAUCGCGAACUUCUCCAUCUUGCCCCCCGGCCUCCCGCAGGGCGCCGCGAUGGCCGCGGGCGAGAUCCUCCUCGCCGAGCCGUCUCUGCACUUCCCGGAGCCGUUCCUCUACGUCUCGAACCGGAACACGGGCGUGCAGGACCCGCGCGGCGACGCGAUCGCGAUCUUCCGCAUCGAGCCCAAGCUGUCGCUCGUCGGCUUCGUGUACACUGGGCUCGACCAGAUUCGCGGCAUGCAGCUGGGCGGUCCCGAGAACGAGUUCCUGAUCGCGGGCGGGGUGGCUGGGGAGGCGGGAGUCAUCAUGCUCAAGCGCACGCAAGGGGGGAAGAACAUGACGCUGCUGACGAGGAACCUCGAGCUGCCGACGAGGACGAGCUUCGUCUGGCUCAACUAGGGAGCUUAGAACGACUCGAUGCACAUAAUAAUAUACCUGGCUUGAGGAAAGACUUCCAUGGGUACCGAUGUUAGCGUUGAG